UAGCAGCGCCCCGCCCACGCCCCCCCCCCCGGGUCCCCAGCAGAGCCGGCCCCCAGCAUGGCCCUGCUGGGCUGCCCAGCCUCGUCGUUGUACCCGCUUGCCUGCUGCGGACUCGUCUUUCUCGUCCUCCUCCUGUUCUUGUUCACCCGGACCCGCUGCGGUCGACCCCGCUGGGGCAUCCCGGGCCUGAUCAUGGCCCGCAGCGAGAGGCUGCUUUUUCGGAUCGGGUAUAACCUGUAUGCUCGCACCUGGCUGGGUUACCUCCUGUACCGAAAACAGCUUCAGAGGGCACGACAUCGCUAUCCAGAAGGUCACUCAGCUGUUCAGCCCCGAGUCUUCAAUGGAGUGAAGGUGGUACCCAUUCCAGUCCUUCUUGACAACUAUAGCUACCUCAUCAUUGACACACAGUCCAAGCUAGCUGUGGCUGUAGACCCUUCAGAUCCAAGGGCUGUACAGGCCUGCAUUGAAAAGGAAGGGGUCUCCUUGGUUGCCAUUCUCUGUACCCACAAACACUGGGACCACAGUGGGGGCAACAGGGAAUUGAGACGACAUAAUAGAGGAUGCCGGGUCUACGGAAACCCUCAGGAUGGGAUUGCUCACCUCACUCAUCCUCUCUGUCAUCAGGAUAUGGUGAGUGUGGGGAGGCUUCAGUUCCAAGCUCUGGCCACCCCAGGUCAUACGCGGGGCCACAUGAUCUAUGUGCUGGAUGGAGAACCCUACAAGGGCCCCUCCUGCCUUUUUUCAGGAGAUGUGCUCUUCCUCUCUGGCUGUGGCAGAAUAUUUGAAGGAUCACCUGCAACUAUGUUGCACUCGCUGGACCUCAUCAUGGGCCUAGGAGAUGAUACCUUGCUUUGGCCUGGUCAUGAAUAUGCGGAGGAGAAUCUGAGCUUUGCUGGUCUGGUGGAACCAGAAAACAUGGCGCGAGAGAAGAAAAUGCAGUGGGUUCAGCAGCAGCGCCUGGAAUACAGGAGCACGUGCCCAUCAACCAUUGGAGAGGAGAAGACAUACAACCCAUUCCUGAGGACCCACUGCCUUGCUCUGCAGGAAGCCCUGGGACCGCUCCCUGGCCCAGGUGGGGAUGCUGCCCCUUCCAGAGCCCGACUGCUUGAAGAACUUCGGAGGCGCAAGGAUCAGCACAAGGGCAAAUGAUACCCCUAUUUGCUGGGAUCCCUUUUAAUUCUCCACUCCCUUCCUUCCCUAUCAUUAGCACAUCUGCUCUCCCCGGUAUUGCCUAUCUUCCCCUUCAUUCUGACAGAGGAGGGAGCAGGAAAAGGCAUCGAUUUCAUGGUAGACUUCAAAAGGAGGGUGUGGAUGGAAAGUGAGACCUCAAGGCACAGGGAGCUGGCCACUGAUGAUGGGGUUCAUGGGUGGGGAGAAGAAGAAAACUAAGAGGAUUCCCCCAUCCCUCAACCCCUACAGCCACCCACCUUGGUCCCGGGGUUUUCUUUGAAGGUAGGUUGGGAACCUAUGAAGAAACUGGACAGUUGAGGUCUUCUGGGUCAGCCUAUCGAGCCAUCUCUGCUACACUAACCCCUUGACCUUCACCACUGGAAGCCUUCAUCCAUCCAAAUCCUGGCUGUCCAGUGCUGCUUUUUCCCACUAAAGACUUCAAGUAGAAUCCAGUGGCAGGGGAUGAAGGAGGGAGUGUCAGGUGAGAUGUGGACCACUGGGAUUUAGAUCUAAUCCUUUCUAAUCUCUCCCUUCUCACCCUGCCUCCAGGGACUUGGACGUGAAGUCCUCCAAGGGGAUCAUCUAGUGUUGGGCUUCUUUUGGAAAAAGAAGUGGGGUUCGCUGUCUACCUUUCAUUCUCCCAGAAUAAUCCCCUCCCUUAAAAAACAAAAGCCCUUUGUCCACUGGUUUCCCCGGUGUCUACACCUCCUGGAGGGCUCCAAUUUACCACAAGGACCUAAAGAAAAUGGAGAGGCCAAGGAGUUGUCCCUUUUCCUUCUUUCCAGAUGCUCCUCCCCCUUGACUGUACUUCAAUGCCUUGCCCCUACCCCAACUUGGGAAAAGAAAACAUUUCUUAAAAAGACCGAUUUGCUUGACUACAAACUCAAGACCCUAGAGAGGUUGCUGAAGAUCUUAAAAACAGGGACCUGCCUAUUCUAGUAGAUAGCACUUAUUUCAGCAUCAGGAGCCUCCAAGGGUCAUGCUGACCAAGCGCUUUGCCUCUGUCCCCCCAAGAGAGAGACCCCAGAGCUUCCUGUUCCUUUGUCUCCAGCUUCUUAUUCAUGUCUUCAUCUUUAUCUAACCUGAAUCCCUCUUGCUGUACUCUCCAUCUAUUUCCUUCUGUCUUUAGUAGAGAUGGAAAAUAUCUGGAAUAUGAAAUAACCCUUCUGAGCGAAGAUCAAUUAUUGGACCCCUUCAGCCCUCCCUCAUCAUUUUUUAUUUUAUUUUACUGGACCUGUGAUUUCAUUGGUACAAUGAGUUCCCUAUGAGAAUGCUCCCUUUCCCAGUGCAGAUUGAUUGCUACCUGCAGCUUGAGUAGUCUUGAGAAUUGGCUAGGGCAUCCAGCCAUUGUGUAUUAGAAGCAGGAUUUGAACCCGUCUUCUUGGCUCUGAGGUCUCUUCUUCAGCUUUUUCUCCUUUAUAAAUAUUGACCAGUUAAUGGUUUGAUUGGUUGGUUGGGUUUUUGAGGGAGAGUUAAUGAUCAACUCUUAAGUAGGAUUAUAGCAGUGUGAACCUAAGGCUUGAAAUGAUAGUAAUCUUGAUUUGAAUGGAGUGAAAACAGCCUGACCAAUUUCCAUUUCCCCCCCACCUCCCCAACUGUCUAGUUUUAAAGGUUUAGGUUAGCCCAGUCACUUUUAUUCAAACAUCCAGAAUGAUACAUCAUUACUGUUUAAAACUAAUGGUUCACGUGGGUUAGUGUUGGCAAUCCAGAUAAAACUUCUGCUCCUUCUUAAGACAAGGCCAUCUGCUAUAGACAGGAAGAUCUUUCUUCCUGGUAUUCUUGCCCUGCCCCUUCUGUAUAACUAACUUCCUAUAUGUGAAAUUUUUCCUUGAUAUAAACUCACAACUUUCUAGCCAAUUGAGGCUUACCAGCCUGAGGGGAAAAGCCAAUCAGACACCCCUGCUAGAGGGCCUGUCUCUUCCCCCUCCCAGAGCAAGGUGUGACCCAGGUGUGCCCAAUACAAGAGGGACAACAUCAUCAGGUCAGGAAGAUGCCUCUUUCUGGACCCCCUUCUUCUUGCUACAACCUAAUGAUCAUUGUACCACACCCUACGUACCAUUUCCCCUGUGGUGCCAGUCAUUUCUUUGCCCCACAAAUAACUGUGAUCCAAUUGUAUAUUUGUGCCCUGUGUUCCCUUUAUUUCCCCACCUGUAUAAUGUUAAGCCUUCCUUUGUGAAUUACUGUAUCCCUAAUAAAAGUUUAUUUUUUUUUUGCAUUCAUAA